CACAGUUACUAGAGUCAUGGAGACAUUGAGGGAUACCUCUUACCCAUCAAUAACAACCAAUAACGAAAAGACGUGUGAGUUGAAUAAAAUAAGUGAGCAUGGAUGGAAAAAGACAGAGGAUAACAGUCGGACGGGCACAGAGUAUACAAGAAUCAUUACAGAUCCCAAUACUGGAAAAUGUUACUGCCGGGGAAAAGUUCUAGGAAAGGGAGGUUUCGCAAAGUGCUAUGAGAUGACCGACCUGUCUUCAAGUAAAGUCUAUGCAGCCAAAAUUAUCCCGCACACGCGCGUUUCCAAGCCGCACCAGAGAGAAAAGAUUAACAGAGAGAUCGAGCUGCACAGAGCUCUCAGCCAUAAACACAUAGUGCAUUUCUACCACCACUUUGAAGACAAAGACAACAUCUAUAUUCUGUUGGAGUACUGCAGUAGAAGAUCACUAGCUCAUAUACUGAAGGCACGCAAAGUCCUAACAGAACCCGAGGUGAGGUAUUACCUGAAACAGACCGUGUCUGCUUUAAAAUACCUUCACGACCUAGAGAUCCUGCAUCGAGACCUGAAACUAGGCAACCUGUUUGUGAGUGACUCAAUGGAGCUGAAAGUGGGAGAUUUUGGGUUGGCUGCCAAAAUAGAACCAGUCAGCAAAAGACGCAAAACGAUCUGUGGUACACCCAACUACCUGUCCCCGGAAGUGCUGAACAAACAGGGCCAUGGCUGGGAAUCUGACGUGUGGGCUCUGGGCUGUGUCAUGUACACAAUGCUCCUGGGUAAACCUCCAUUUGAGACCACUAACCUAAAAGAGACAUACCAUUGUAUUCGAGAGGCCCGCUACACCCUCCCUGCUACGCUCACUCUCCCCGCCAAACAGCUCAUCUCCAGCAUGCUUGCACAAAACCCUGUGGACCGUCCACACCUGGAUGAAAUCAUGCGGAAUGAAUUUUUUACCCAGGGAUUUAUGCCAGAAACUCUUCCUGUCAGCUGCUGCCAUUCGGCCCCCGACUUCCACAUUUCCAGUCCAGCCAAAAGCUUCUUCAAAAAGGCAGCUGCAGCUCUCUUUGGUGGCAAAAAGGACAAAGCCAAGUACUAUGAAAAUAUAAAUCGGUUAGCCAAAGAGGAGGAAGACAUAUUCAAGCUUCGCCAAGACUUAAGAAAGACUGCUAUAAGUCAUCAGAUUACUACACACUUAUCUGAGGAAGGAGGAACUCCAUCAGCACCUACAAGAAAGCCUGUUACCCAGGCAACUGCCGGAAGGCUGCAGACAAGAGAUACUAUUCACUUGAUUGUUAGAGGCAGCUUGGGCAGCUGCAGUAGCACCAGUGAAUGUCUUGAGGACAGCACCACUGGCACUGUGGCAGAGGCUGUUAUUAGUGUUCUGAGAGGCUGCCUUGAACACAUGCCUAAAGCUGAUAGUCUGCCUAGAGGAAAUGGAUGUAAUAGCUUAAAGUGGGUGACUAAGUGGGUGGACUAUUCCAACAAAUAUGGCUUUGGCUAUCAGCUGUCGGACAACACAGUGGGUGUCCUUUUCAACAAUGGAACACAUAUGAGUCUCCUCUCUGAUAAAAAGACUGUUCAUCAGUAUGCUGCACUGGGCCAGAGAUCUAUUUUCUCUGUUGUUGACGCACCUGAGUGUGCCGUGGGCCAGGUCACUAUCCUCAAGUACUUUGCCCACUACAUGGAGGAGAAUUUGAUGGAUGGAGGGGAUAUGAUAAAUGAGCCAGAUCCUCAGAAAACCAGAAUAUACCUUCUGCAGUGGCUGAAAUCAGACAGAGCUCUAUUGAUGCUUUUCAAUGAUGGCACGUUCCAGGUGAACUUCUACCAUGACCACACCAAGCUCAUUCUGUGCACACAGCAGGAGGAAUACCUGCUGACAUACAUCAAUGAGGAGCGAACGUCAUCCACCUUCAAACUGAGCACGCUGCUCAGUGCGGGCUGCUCAGCAGACCUGCACAGCCGUCUGGGAUAUGCCCUAAACAUGCUGCUGCAACGAUGCAACUGAGACUGACAGAUAAAGAGGCCACAGCACAGAGGAGCCGUUGUUGACUGGCUGUCCUACAGUACGGAAAUAUUUUGGAUAACUGAAGCAGAAUCACUGGAUUUACAGUUGAAGGGCUGAAGUUUAAAGACUGGAGGAAUUAAGUGAUAUGUAUCUGAAAUGAGAUUAAAGAGGAAAAAUCAAAUCUGGGCUGGGACCAGGGAUCCUUUGAGAGAAAUCGGACUGCUAGUGUGUGUGUGUAGGGUAAAGUGUUGAUGGAUCACACAUGCAUGCCAUACAAAUUAUUGCAAAAAUGAUUGUUUGUUUCUUGAGAUUACAUUCUCCUCUGUUCUGACCAAAUAUUUAUUGUGUACAUAAUUCCUGAUUUAUUUAUUUAAUUAAUAAAACCCAAAAUUCUA